GAGCGAGAGAGAGAUGCAGAGAGAAUAAGGAACUUUGUUAUCAGGCGCAGCAGCAUCUCCGCCUGCACAGCGAGGCAGAGGAGAAGCAUUUAUGGUCGAUCACUGCUUUUGCCUUUCUUCCGUCCUCUUCGGGGCAUUGGGGGAGUGUGCCAAAUAGAUCGCCGUUGGGUUCUCCUGACGGAUGAAACAUAAAAGGCGCACUGACAUUACCCGGUGAGCCUGCGUUUCAACCCAUGGGUGUGAGAUGACAUUGAGGACACUUUAGUGGGACUCUGAGCUCGGACGUCAGGCGCAGGAAAAUGUAUCUUUGGAUCGCUUGUGUUUUGCUGAGCGCCACCUCUGUAUGUACAGCCGGAAUGUCUGUUGAAGGCACAUGCGAGCGAGUGUGCGCGUGCGAGGAAAGAGAGGGGACACUCACGGUGAGCUGCGAAAACAGGGGCAUCGGAAGCGUCUCUGAAAUAAACCCGCUGAACUUCCCCCAGUAUCAUCUCCUGCUCACCGGUAAUUUUUUAAGAAAGCUGGCCGCCAACGACUUUGUCGACUAUCGAGGACUCACCAUAUUACACCUGGGAAAUAAUGAGAUAUCCGAGGUGGAAGCUGGAGCCUUUAAUGGACUUCAAGGAUUAAAACGAUUACAUCUUAACAAUAACAAAAUUGAUGCCUUGAAGGAGGAGCUUUUCUGGGGCCUGGAAAGUCUGGAGUAUCUGCAGCUAGAUUAUAAUUACAUCACUCAAGUGGCCCCCAACGCCCUCGGCAGACUUCGACACCUGGAAGUGUUGAUUCUGAAUGACAACUUGAUAUCGACUCUACCUGUGAACAUCUUCCAGCAUGUUCCAUUGACUCAUCUUGACUUGAGGGGAAAUCAGCUCAAAGUCCUUCCCUACUUAGGUCUGCUGGAGCACAUGAACAGCGUGGUGGAGCUGCAGCUGGAGGAAAACCCGUGGAACUGCUCUUGUGACCUGAUUGCCCUCAAAACGUGGCUGGAGAGCAUUUCCUACACGGCGUUGGUGGGCGACGUCGUUUGCGAGUUCCCUUUCCGACUCCACGGGAGGGAUUUAGAUGAGGUCUCCAAGCAAGAGUUAUGUCCCAGAAGAGCCAUCGCUGAAUACGAGAUGCCGCCUCAGCCGCAUCUGAGCACGGACGGCAACUACAGGAGCACGCCGGCCCUUGCUACGGCUUCCUUAACCUCAUCUGGCAUCGCGAGAUCCUCGUCGAGGCCCACCAAGGGACCUCGGCAGUCGGGUAAAUUGAAAUCAAGACCGACUGCUCGACUGGCGGUGAACAAACCUCAGAACUACGGCCAAAUUAUUUCCUACCAAACCAAAUCUCCCGUGCCUUUGGACUGCCCGUCAGCCUGCACCUGCAACCUUCAGAUUUCAGACCUCGGCCUCAACGUCAACUGCCAGGAGCGAAAGAUUGAGCACAUUUCCGAUUUAGAACCCAAACCUUACAACCCCAAAAAGAUGUAUCUCACUGGGAACUAUAUCCCCGUGGUGCGAAGAACGGAUUUCAUUGAGGCAACUGGAUUAGAUUUGCUUCAUCUGGGCAACAAUCGGAUAGCUCAAAUCCACGACAGAGCUUUUGGUGAUUUGACUCAUCUUAGGCGACUCUACCUUAACGGGAAUUUGAUAGACCACCUUACCGCAGAUGUUUUCUAUGGACUAGAGAGUCUGCAGUUCCUAUAUUUAGAAUACAACGUCAUUAAGGAAAUCACAGCGGACACGUUCCAGCACGUCCCUAAACUCCAGCUACUGUUUUUAAACAACAACCUUUUGAAAACACUUCCGGUAGGAGCAUUUCAUGGCCUCACGUUGGCCCGCCUCAAUCUUCGCAGCAACCACCUGCGAUAUCUACCGGUCAGCGGUGUGCUGGAUCAGCUGACAGCGCUGGUGCAGGUGGAUUUGUACGAAAACCCCUGGGAUUGCUCUUGUAGCAUUCUCGACUUGAAGAUGUGGGUGGAACAGCUCAGCACGGGCACUGUUGUCAACAAUGUCAUCUGUGGCUCACCCAAGAGGCUCGCUGGGGAAGACAUGCGAUACAUCAAGACAGCUAAUUUCUGCCCUAAUAACUCGGUCAUGCCGGCGUCAAUGAUUCCACCCUCGGAGGAAUCCAUCCCUGGCAGCACCAUCACAAUAGAAACAUCACUAGACUCUGACACACAGUACAGUGCCAUUCCUUUAUCCGUGAUGAUCCUUGCCCUCUUACUCAUGUUCAUUAUGUCCGUGUUCGUGGCUGCAGGACUGUUUGUAACAGUGAGAAAGAGACACCUUAAGAAUCAAAACGAGCAGAAUAAUUCCAUGAACGCUUGUAUUAGCUCGCUUAACAUGGAGUAUGGACUGUACAAAAAGGGAUCCGUCCCAAAGGUCAGAACAUCAGCCGGACACGUGUAUGAAUAUAUUCCACCCCCUUCUGAGCAAACAAGCAGAACUCCAGGUCACGCUUCUGCCGACAGCAAAUCUGCCGAGGGAUUUCCGGACUUCCACCAGCUCAGCGGCGCCUUUCAGGGGAACUCGGACGAAGACGCGGCGAGUAAUGUAAUAGGCUCGGAAUACAGCACCGCUGCUUCGGAGCCACUCAAUAAGCCUUUCGGCAUGAAACAAGAUGAUCCGUCGUGCUACAGAGAAGUCCUCAAUCCGGAGCAGAAGCCCCACUACAGCCAUACGCUACCUUGCAGACAUGCAGCGCGUCAGGCCGGUCAACACACGUCAGACUUUGACGUAAGGCCUCAGUACGUGCAUCCCGACAGAGUCCAACAGACAAUAUUGUACUGCACGACGCCAAGUACUGUUUACGUGGAGCCAAACAGAAGCGAAUAUUGGGAACUGAAGGCAAAGCUUCACAUUGAUCCGGAUUAUCUUGAGGUUCUUGAAAAAAGAACAACAUUUACACAGUUUUAAAGUACCUUGGCUGACAAACAUUGAAUCGGGACUUUAUACUUCAACACAAAAAGGUAAAACGUGACGGCAUCUUCAGUGGUAUGAAGGAUUGCAGCAUGCGUUGGCGCAAUGCUCGAGCUUUGUGGCAUUGAGUAACGACUUUGGGUCUUAUCUGGCAUGUACGGCAUGUCAGAUGGUUCAAUCACAAGUACAUCGACUUGUAUUGAAAACGCGUUGAGAUAUGAACAAUUCAUUCGGACCAUAUGGCUUCGAGUGACACGUGACUUUGUUGUUGUUUCUAGAUUUGAUUAAAUGUCCAAACUCAGCUGUAUUUUGCACUGGAGAACUACAUAACUACACAAACUCAAGAUUUUACACAAAAAGUAAUUAGGUGGACAAUUUUGUGUUGUGUGGGAUGGCGGGUUGUUGUUUGGGAAACUUGUUUUUGCAAGUUAUAUGUUCUAACACUGUAGCCUAAAAGUGUCAGACAGAGAGUCUCCCUCAGUGAACAAAAAAAAUAGCUGGGGCUGCCCCGACGUUUAUCACAGCGGAUCUAACACCAAAAUGAUUCAUGACUGUGCAGCGUGCAUAAUGCUCUUUUUAUUGCAGUGGCAAGAUGGGAUGGUAGGCCUUUUAAUAACGCUUUCCUUAACAAAAUGAUCUUCAGGAGCUCGGUAUGUGCAAGUUUUCCGCUCGACAGGAACAAUGAAAUCACUCCAUACAUUCCGAACUUUGAUGAAUCGGUUAUGAACUUUUUUUUUUUUCCUCAGACUGCGGCUGUCACUCUCGUUAGUUGAGGCGAACCUCAAUCUCUUAACACCUCAAUGUACACUACUGUUGAUUAUUGAAGGGAAACGAAACAUAUUUUGAAAACCAAGCCAGAACUAAAGCAAAAUAAUUUAAUAAUUGCAGCUAAAUAUUCAGCGCACCAUGUUCAUAUUUUGUGGAGUAUUUUGCUUUUACCAUUUCAUUUUGUGAAGUCAAGUUGUGCUGAAUGAACAGGGUGUUUCAAAAAGUUUUACAAAGUUUCAAAGUGAGGAGGUAAAUACAUAAAAAAUAAAUGAAAGACCAAAUUUAAACAUACAAUUGAGUUUGAUACGUUUGUUAGAUUUUACACAUAAGAUAA